AACAGAGCAAAAAAAGAUAAACUUAGCAGAGACUCCAAGGAGAUUCCAAGUUACUGAGAUGCUCUACUCUUCCCACCCCUGAUACUUGGCACAGAACACAGGGUCUUAAACUGCCACUGUUAAGGCCCCUGUUCUCACCUGGAUCUGUGCAGUCAGCUUCUGGAUCUCCAGGCCCAGCUGCUGCUCCACUUCCAGAGCUAAGCUUUCCUCUGAGGCCAGGUUAGACAAAGCUUCUGCCUCAUGCAAUAGAGGCUUUGGGUGGAAACAGGAAGUGAGGGCUCAGCCUAGCUCAGGCUGCUCCCCUCCCUACUCCCCAGGCACUCACAGGUAAAUCCUUUUGGAUCAGGAGCAGGAAGGAAGCUGGGUCCCAUGCUGCCAAGUACUGCUGAGCUCUGCCCAGGAACCAAAGCAAGGUGGUCUGCAGGGUACAGAGACCUAGGGCGACAGGCGCAGGAUCUGGGGAUUUGAGCAGCAGAACCCAGCCCCUUGUCUCACCUGCAGGCUGGCAGAAAAUCACUCGUAACCUGGGCUCUUGAAGAGCAUCCAAGAGAGGAGGAAAGAGCUGCUGCAAAAGUUCAGCAGUGUGAGACGAUGUGGAAAGGCUGCUCUGACCCCCAAGAGCUGAUCGCAAGGCCUGGCAGAAACCUGAGGAUGAGAGAGUAUAGUGUGGUGGGGAAGCGGUAACCUGGGACUUAUGUCACCCCCAGUGCCCCUUUCUUCUCACCUUGGUCCCAGCUCCAGAUAAGCGACUGAUGAAGUAAGCUGUGACACAAGGAAGCCAGCUCCCUCUCACACUCCUGAGGCAGGGAUGCUAGUGGGAGAAAUGACUCUGGAGCCUGAAAACAAGGUCUCACUUUCCACAACCCCUGCCCACUCAAUGAUGAGGGAAGAAGGCAUGCUUCCUCCAAGACCAGGACUGGGGUGGAAAGCAAGACUUCGCCUUGAAAGUUCAGAAGAUAUAGUCUGAACCCAGGAUGUUCAUUCUAAAGGGCCUGCUUUUGCCUUCAGGAUGGAAGACUGCCCUCUGCGGCCCAGUUGCCCGCUGGAGGUCGCUGCUGUACCCAAACUUUGCAAGGAAUUCGGUCCAGAGGAUUACGGCGAAGAGGACAUAGUGGAUUUUCUUCGACGGCUUGUGGAGAGUGAUCCCCAGGGCCUGCACCGGAUCCAUGUGGAUGGGAGCAGCGGGCGGCUGCAGCUGUGGCACCAUGAUUACCUCCUGGGCCACUUGGAUGAUGAAGGGAAAUCAACUCGACAGAGUGACAGGGGCAAGGGGGCUGAGGGACUGGGCACCUACUGUGGUCUCCGCAAGUCCUUCCUGUAUCCUCCCCAAGAGUCUGAGCCCUGCCCUCAAAGCCCUUCUGCCUCUGCCACCUUCUCCAGUGUCUCAGACAGCCUGCUUCAGGUAGCCAUGCCCCAGAAGCUCCUGGUGACAGAAGAGGAAGCCAACCGCCUGGCUGAGGAGCUGGUGGCUGAGGAGGAGCGCAUGAAACAGAAAGCAGAGAAGAAGCGACUUAAGAAGAAGCGUCAAAAGGAACGAAAGCGACAGGAGCGUUUGGAGCAGUACUGUGGGGAGCCCAAGGCCAGCGCUACCUCAGAUGGGGAUGAGAGCCCCCCAUCCAGCCCUGGAAACCCAGUUCAGGGACAGUGUGGUGAAGAAGAGGACUCACUGGAUCUGUCUAGCACUUUUGUGUCUCUGGCUUUGCGCAAGGUUGGCGAUUGGCCCCUCAGUGCCCGCAGAGAGAAGGGACUGAAUCAGGAGCCCCAAGGCAGGGGCCUGCCCCUCCAGAAGAUGAGUCAAACGGAAGAGAGCUCUCCAAGAAAGGAGAGGCCCCAGCAGAGUCCAAAAGCACAGGAGAAGGAUUUGGGGAGGCUGAGACCUCAAGGCCUGCUUGACUUUGCACCCUAUCCCCAGGCAUCUCCGGGACUGCUGGCAGCUGCCUUACAACAGAGCCAGGAAUUGGCAAAGUUGGGUACCAGCUUUGCUCAAAAUGGUUUCUACCAUGAGGCUGUGAUCCUCUUCACCCAAGCCUUGAAGCUUAACCCCCAGGACCACCGGUUAUUUGGAAAUCGUUCCUUCUGCCAUGAGCGGCUGGGUCAGCCAGUGUGGGCCCUGGCUGAUGCCCAAGUGGCCCUUACCCUACGGCCUGGCUGGCCCCGGGGCCUCUUCCGCCUGGGCAAGGCCUUGAUGGGACUACAGCGCUUCAGAGAGGCAGCUGCUGUGUUUCAGGAGACUCUGAGAGGUGGGUCCCAGCCUGACGCAGCCCGAGAGCUCCGCUCUUGCCUUCUCCAACUCACACUGCAGGGUCAGCGAGGAGGAAUCUGUGUACCACCUCUAUCACCUGGGGCCCUCCAGCCACUUCCCCGUGCUGAGCUGGGAGCCUCAGGCCUACCUUCCCUCAGGUGCCCUCGAAGCACUGCUCCGAGGUCCCCUGGCCUGCGUCCACUCUUGCAUUAUCCUCUGUGUCACCGAAGCCACCCCAGCCAGCCCCUCUCCCAGACUCAGAGUAGAAGGCCCCAUCCUCUCCAGCCCCAGCAUUCCUCAAAGGGCUGGGACAUCCUGGGACUUGGGCUCCAGCAUCUACCUCAGGCCAGAUGAGGGGGCACCGGUCCCUGUAUACAUCCCAUGGUGGGGGACAUAGUGUGGUGACAGUUCACUGCAUAAUUUUGAGACCUUAUUCUCUAGAUCCAUAGUUAAUGAUGCCCCUGGCAGUCAUUCCUCUUGCCAUGGGGAAGUUUCUGAUGAGAGAAAGGAGCCCCACAUCCACUGAAACAUCCUUUGGUUCUCAAGCAGAAGGCUUCUUCUGGGGGCAGUAAGGAAAAUUAAAACCCAGCAAGGCUCAAGAAGGGAACUAUAGGAAAGUUCAGGUUUUUAGGCUAUAGCAGAGACAGUGAGAAAGCAUCUGGGCCUUGCUCUUCCUCUUGGUCCUGGGGCUCUCAUUCACCAACUAGAGCUUGGUGUGCAGGAACAGGGUCACAAUGCUGAGGGGUCUUGAGUCCCACCUUUCAGCUUAAUGGAUGCUCACCUCUUCCCAGCCCCAGCUCAUGCCCUGUUUUUCUAGCCACAGCCCCCAGAUUGCUCACAGCUCCUCAUGCCAUUUCCUGUCCAGAUAGCUGUGUAUGACUCUGACUUCUCUUGUUCAGUGGUCUGGUGCUCACCUCCUCUCACUGCUAGAAUAUUCACCAAGAGUUGCAUUCGGGAAGUCUCUUAACAACUCCUGCUUAGAGCUGGUAGGGCCAUACAUGUCCACACACCCGACUGGUGGCUCUCCUGCUGAAUGGGGCCUCAGCAGGUGCCCAGGCUGCUACAACCUUGGCCACUCUAUUUCUCUACUCUACCCCACCAUUGGGCAUUGAAUUAGCCUUUCCCCAUGUUAAUUUAUUCAGUUUUUCCAAGGGUCAACUGAAUUCACCACUUCCUGUGUAAGAAUCAUGAUCUCCUUUUAAUUUCACCACUAAGAUCCUGGCAGCUUCCCCUAGCUGGUUCCUCCAUAGUCCUACUGGGACUGUCAGCUCAUUUAAAUGUGGGUCUACAGGAGGCUUUAGCUGUCCCCCAACCCCUUUGCCUUUCACAGAGGAACCAUUCAUCAGGAUAAAUGAUUAUUGCUGCCCUAUGGGUCUUGCUCAAUACUGUUCAUACCUGGAGAGAGGAGGUACUGAAACAUCUCCUUUGUGUGUGACUUUCCCAAAUUUUAAAAAAUUGUUUAUGGUUUAGGCCCCUUAAAUACUGUGUAGCAGGAUGAAGUCUGCCAUUACCAGCUGAGUCACCUUGGAUGGGUCUGUCAACAUCUAAGCCUCAGUUCCCUCUUCUAUAAAAAUGAGGGUAGUCCCUACCUCAUAAGGGAUAUUGUGAGGAUAGAAAGCGAAAGUGUGAGAAAAUACCUCCCAAGUGCCUGGUACAUAGUGGGUGCUAAAUAAACCAGUUUUUGUCUGCAA